AUGCCUCCUGGAGGAGGUCCUGUAGUGACGCCUCCUGGAGGAGGUCCUGUACUGAUGCCUCCUGGAGGAGGUCCUGUACUGAUGCCUCCUGGAGGAGGUCCUCUAGUGACGCCUCCUGGAGGAGGUCCUCUAGUGACGCCUCCUGGAGGAGGUCCUGUAGUGACGCCUCCUGGAGGAGGUCCUCUAGUGACGCCUCCUGGAGGAGGUCCUGUACUGACACCUCCUGGAGGAGGUCCUGUACUGACACCUCCUGGAGGAGGAGGUCCUGUACUGACGCCUCCUGGAGGAGGAGGUCCUGUACUGACGCCUCCUAGAGGAGGAGGAGGUCCUGUACUGACGCCUCCUGGAGGAGGAGGAGGUCCUGUACUGACGCCUCCUGGAGGAGGAGGAGGUAAUGGCUUCGCUCUUUUGCCUUUCCCCGUUAGCCCCGCCUCCCCCACAAGCGUCUCAAACUGUGAACGAGGUAAAGAAGACGGAAAGUCGUGUCAAAAAGUCACUGUGCGUAUGACGAUCAGGAAAAACAGCUGCCGAAGCAACCGGCCGGUGAACGUGGUGUCAUGUGACGGGAAGUGUCCUUCAGCGAGCAUCUACAACUACAACAUCAACACAUACGCACGAUUCUGCAAGUGCUGCCGCGAGACCGGGCUACAGAAGAGAACGGUGCAACUCUACUGCAGCAACAACGCCACCUGGGUGAACUACGACAUCCAGGAGCCCACGGACUGCUCCUGCCUACUACACCCUCUGAGACUACAACCUCUGAGACUACACCCUCUGAGACUACACCCUCUGAGACUACACCCUCUGAGACUACACCCUCUGAGACUACACCCUCUGAGACUACAACCUCUGAGACUACAACCUCUGAGACUACAACCUCUGAGACUACAACCUCUGAGACUACACCCUCUGAAGACUACACCCUCUGAGACUACAACCUCUGAGACUACAACCUCUGAGACUACAACCUCUGAGACUACACCCUCUGAGACUACACCCUCUGAGACUACAACCUCUGAGACUACACAGAGACUACACCCUCUGAGACUACACCCUCUGAGACUACACCCUCUGAGACUACACCCUCUGAGACUACAACCUCUGAGACUACAACCUCUGAGACUACACCCUCUGAGACUACACCCUCUGAGACUACAACCUCUGAGACUACACAGAGACUACACCCUCUGA